AUAAAUCCUGGAAUCCUAUUGAAGAGAGACAAGAAAGAGGUUAAACGUGAAACAGGACAAUGAGCUUGUCACUCCUACAAGGCUAUUCUUCUGCGGAAGAAGAAGAAGCAGCAGAGCUCGACCAAAUUCAUUACAGCCACUCUUCCGACGACGACGACAACGUCGGUGUUAAAAACCAUUCCACCGAUCCUAAACGAUAUGACUCCUCCGUCUUCGAUUUCCCCCAUCCCUCCCGUAAAUCCGCUCUUCCUUCCGCAUUCGACGCUUUCUCCCAAAUUUCAGGGCCGCCGGAGUUUCUAAACCAUGCCGUUGAGGAACAGACUUCAGCAAGUGACUUGGAUCAUCAACAAGGAAGGCGCGGAGGCCGGAGAGAUUUCAAAGAAAAGAAGGAUAUGCCAGCUGGUGCUAUGGUAGAGGCCAAAGCUCAACUUGUUGGAAUCCAUGAGCGAGUAAGAAGUGAUAUUUAGGGUAGCAAGCCUCCAACAUCUGCAGCUCCAAGCACCACACUGGAUGGAGCAAAGAAGGCUGCAUCCGCAACAAAUCCAAGUGCAGAAGAUGCUGCGGAGCUUUUGAGAGUGGCCUCUUUAAAGUGUCUAUGCAUGCUCCAUGCACUGCAUGUUGGCAUUUCAUCUUAGCAUAAAUAUGCUAUGUUUAUAGGAUGUGCCUACAAUGUGGAAUACCAAAGACAUACUCCAGUGCUAGAGGAAUGGUCUGUCCUGUGUGCAGUGAUCGUCCUCUUGCAGAUGCUGACAAGGAACCCAAGAAGAAGGGGUCUACUAUCAAAGAGAAAGAGAAGAGUAAGAGAAUGAAGGGCCAGUCAUCUCAUGCAACUUGGAAAAGUGAAACAGAAAUGCAGCUCAGGCAGCAGUUUGACUAGUUGAAUAUUGUAGCAUUGCACCUUGGAGAAUAUUUUGCGUUUAGACUUUAGAGUUUACACAAUCAUGUAACCAUUUUAGUUCAAGCCUAUAUGUCGUUUCGUUAGAGAACCUUGAAUUUAUUGACGAACUGCUUGGAUGUGAUUACUAUAGCUGACUUGCUUCAGAUAAUAUAUG